AAACGCGCCCUUAGCCGAGUCGAGUCGUGUGCAUCGUGCUCCCCGUUCGCUUCGCGUCUCCCUCCCUCCCGCACCCAUGGACCCCGCAACGGCGCCACCGCCACCGCCACCGCCACCAUUCGCCGUGCACCUCGUCACCGGCGGCGGGUCCUCGCCGGAGCUCGCCCUCCUCCUCCGCUCCCUCGCCGCCGCCCGCGUCGUCGCCCUCGACGCCGAGUGGAAGCCGCGCCGCCGCGGUACCCCCGCCGCUGCCGCCCCUGCCGGGCCAGGUGAUGGCACCUCUCCGGCGACUGCGCCAGCGCCAGCGCCGCCGCAGUUCCCCACUGUCACUCUCCUCCAGGUGGUCUGCCGCAGUGGCGAUGGAGGCGAGGGCGAGGUGUUCGUCGUCGACCUCCUCGCCGUGCCGCUCGCUGAGCUGUGGGCGCCGCUGCGGGAUCUGUUCGAGCGGCCCGACGUGCUCAAGCUCGGGUUCAGGUUCAAGCAGGACUUGGUGUACCUCUCCGCCACCUUCGCGGCUGCACUUGGGCGGGAUGCCGGAUUCGGUAGGGUGGAACCUUUCUUGGAUGUUACCAACAUUUAUUACUACCUCAAGGGCCAUGACAGGCAGAAGAAGCUUCCAAAGGAGACCAAGAGUUUGGCAACAAUUUGUGAGGAGCUGCUCAGUAUCUCUUUAUCAAAGGAACUCCAGUGUAGUGAUUGGUCAUGCCGCCCCUUGAGUGAAGGGCAAAUACAAUAUGCUGCAUUGGAUGCCUACUACUUGCUAGACAUAUUUGAUCUGUUCCAACAAAAGAUAACAAUGGAAGGCAAAUGUUCAUCUACAACGGAACUAACUUCAGAUAGGCAUUGCUCAUCAAGUGUCAUAGAAUGCUCAUCUUCUGGAUAUGACAUUUGCUCUGGUGGUUACUUGAUGUCCAUAGUAACUAAGUACAGUGAGAAGAUCUUGUUGACGGAAUCUGGUACAAAACCACGGUCCUCAAGACGGAAAGAAAAAACGAAGCUUCCUACUAAUGCUAAAUGCAAGGAUAAGGUGGCUUGCUGUACUGAAUGGCAGGGUCCCCCUCCAUGGGAUCCUUCCAUUGGCGGGGAUGGGUACCCGAAGUUCUUGUGUGAUGUGAUGAUUGAGGGCCUAGCUAAGCAUUUGCGUUGUGUUGGAAUAGAUGCUGCCAUUCCAUCUCCAAAGAAACCUGAACCAAGGGAGCUAUUAAAUCAAACAUACAAGGAAGGAAGAAUACUACUAACACGGGAUGUCAAGCUCUUGAAAUAUCAGUAUUUAGCGAGUAACCAGGUAUACAGAGUGAAAAGCCUGCUUAAACAUGGUCAACUAGCUGAGGUAAUUAAUACCUUCCAGUUAAAGAUCUCCAAAGACCAACUUAUGUCAAGGUGUACAAAGUGUAAUGGUAGUUUUAUUCAGAAACCACUCACCCUUGAGGAAGCUGUUGAAGCCUCAAAAGGUUUCCAGGUUAUUCCCUUGUGCUUGUUCAACCGAAAUCUUGAGUUCUGGAAGUGCACCAAUUGCAAUCAACUCUAUUGGGAGGGAACUCAAUACCACAAUGCAGUUCAGAAGUUUUUGUCAGUCUGCAACAUCAGUGACUAAGCAGUUGGCCUUCUUGUGUCUGUAACCUACUGAGACUUCAUCACCUCUCGGUGAGAGAAAACUGGAAUAUCAUCUGAAUGAUCUUUGGCAUCCAAUUGCGUGUGAUGAAGCAGACCUCCUAUUGUAGUGGUUGUUUGUCCCUGAGUCGUUGUAAAUAGCCAAACAUGUUUCAGUUAUUGCCUUACUGCAACUAUUUUGAAACGUGUUCCUUUUGUUUUGUACAGAAAUAUAGACAAAAGAUGGAAUACCCAGUACAGUAUCUCUGUUCAAUUUCC